AUGGUGUCAAUCAAUGGGCCUCCGGCUGCAGUGAGUGCUGAAAGUGGUGCUGGCAGUGGGGUUGCCCGUGGUGGGGGACAGGUGGUGUUGCAAGUGGCUCCGUCGGUGGGUCGGUUCAGUGCGGCGAUUUUGCCGCCGUCGUUACUGAAGCGGGAGUAUGAAGAGAUGUUGGCUGAGGACCCUGAUGUGAAGUUGGAGGCGUUACGCGCUGCGUAUGAGAUGCGACGGACUCCAAUCGAUGAGUUAGACCAGAAGACGGUGACGAUGCCUUUGGGGCGGAAUGCGGAUGAAGGAAAGGUGGGUCGGCGCGCGCCGCCGAACCCGUUUCACUCGCCGCUAUUGAACAGAGGCAAGACGGGUCGGAGCGACAAAGUGAGCGAUCCGGCAUUGCGCAGCAACCCGCUAAGAGGUCGCCUCAUGGUUACUGUCGGGGUUAACGCCGCGUUGUUCAUGGUCUUUGUUCAAUCCCUUGUAUCCAACCGUCUCACCACCGGCUCCUUCUAUGCUAGUCGGUCUGAGAACAGCAACAUAGGCGCGGGGGCGGCCACGCUCUAUGAACUAGGCGGACUCAACGCAAAUGCAGUACGGAGUGGCGAAUGGAUCCGUAUGUUCUGGUCCAUGUGGAUGCACAGUGGCUGGCUACAUAUUGGUCUUAAUAUCCUCUGUCAACUUCAGUACUUCUACAUGCUCGAACCCGAUUGGGGAGUCUGUCGCACACUCCUCAUUUUCUGGUUCGCUGGCAUCUCCGGUAACCUACUUUCCAUGAUUAUGGACCCCUGCAAAACAACCGUCGGCUCCUCCGGAGGCCUUUUCGGCCUCAUGGGCGGAGUCGUACCCUACUGCAUCGAAUACUGGCACUCCAUUCCCAGACCCAUGUGCAUUCUCAUCUUCUCCAUCUUUACCGUUAUCAUCACACUCGCCACCGGCCUCACCAAGUCUACAGAUACCUGGGCACAUCUCGGCGGCCUCCUAGGCGGCCUCCUCUUCGGCUUCGGCACCAUCACCACGCCAGCUGCCUUCCUCCGUAAUUUAUUCCUAUGCCCCUUCUCCUAA